GGCGCCAAAACAGUCGUCUGCUAUUUGUUAUUGUUUGCUCUUUGACAAAAUUUUCUGAGAGAUUAAGACCUCUGCAGGCAUUAUGCAAAAUUCUGUUCGUAAAACAGUUAUUCCCUUCGUUACAAAUGAUUUUUUCUGUGAAAUUGAGCGUAUAUACAAUGAGGAUGGGAAAAUCAGCGACGAAUCCUUGUUGGCUCUGCAUGCAGUGUUUGGGCCACCUUUAGAACGCGCACUUGAAAUGCUUGAAAAAGAGUGUGUUACUUUGUUGACUACUCCCAAUGACACUCGACAAGCAUUGCAGUGUUUACAUCUACAGGUGUCAGGGGGUAAAGGUGAACUCUAUACCUUGUUCCCUUACAUCAACUUCUGCCCAUGCCUUGCAUUUGCUCAUCAAGUUGCCAUAUCCCAGACUCACAUUACUUGCAAGCAUGUUCUAGCUGCACGCUUGUCUCAAAUCAUGGGUCGUACUAUUCGGAAAGAGGCAACACCUGAAGAAGUUGCACGUAUCUUAUGUGCGUCGGCACAUGCAGAUAAAGGUGCGACAUAUCUGUGAUAAUUCUAGUGUUUGUUGUUUGAAGUGGAUAUUGUAAAUUUGUAAUGGAAUAACUCCUUAAUGUAAAAACAAUCACAUUUUAAUUGAAAAAGCACCACUCCUCAAAAGUGGAUGACAGACUUGAAACUUACAUGAUGGUGCCAUUGUGGAAUUCAAGUUUUAGUAUCAGUUAUUGCUUAGUUGACAAAUUGCGAACUUCAAGAAAUACUGACAUCUUCAUGUUUCUGGUUUACUGCACCAUAAAGGGACGAAUGCUACACAACAAGAUUAAUUAGUGAAGUGCUAUCAAGUUCUUAACUUUGCCCUCCGCAACUGACUCUGCCAUGAAAUUGAAGAAUUGUUGGCAUUUGAAUAGAGUACUAAUUACUUCUGAGUUUGCAGCUUUGGUAACAGUUUUUCUUUUCUUGUGAGCGCCUCUGUAAAAUAGCCAUGGUGGAAUUGUUAAGUUUGGUGAACAGUACAGGGGAAGCAUUCUGAUUUUGGUGCAAGCACAUAGUGUUUUCCAGCAAAAAUAAAAAAAGAUUAAAAGUUCAAUGACGUAGCAACUAUUGUUUCCAAACAACCAGAGUUGCUCUCCCUGACCUCACCUAACUAAAGAACAAGUCAACCAAAAGCUUAGAGAGGUAAGACUUUAUCCAAUACAACCAAUGACUUGUUAAAGAUAUUUUUCUUCUAAACUCUAAAAUUUUUAAUUACAACCGCUCCGUUUAAAGACUGACAACAAAGUCAAAAAGGCACAUUUGCGUUAUUGACUGAGGACUGAGAAAUAGGAAAGUGGCUCAAACUAAGCGGUCUAUGUCUUCAUUGUUCACACAAUAAUACUUGUAACCAAUAAAAUCAAGAUAGAAAUG